UAUUGGCCGCAGUGUGCUGGGUGUUCCUCUGUGGGUGCUGCUCAUUACGUUGAACCCAACUGAAAAGCGCCCUCGCUUCACAUUCAAGUACAUAGGUGGUGUGCAUGGGGAUGAGCCAUUGGGGCGGCAGCUGCUGCUGUACCUGGCAGACUGGCUCUGCAACAACUACCCCUCGCACCCCCUCGCGAGGGAGGUGGUGGAGGGGGUGGAGCUGCAUCUGCUACCGGCCAUGAAUCCAGAUGGCUUCACGCUGCACACCAGGGAGAACGCCAACCGAGUCGACCUCAACCGCGCCUUCCCUGACCACUGGUUCGCGGAGAUGAAUGCAGAGGAGGCGGGGCGGCAGGCGGAGGUGCGCGCCGUCAUGCGCUGGACGCAGCGCCACCACAUCAUCAGCGCCUCCGCACUAGCCUGCACGGGGGAGCACUGGUGGCGAGCUAUGCAUGGGACGGCACCCAGGACAAAGG